ACAUAACAAGGAUGUUGAUAUACACUCUUGCGUGAGCUACAAUCCUUACAUCCCCACAGUUCGAUAGAAUGCCGGGGGUGAAUGAACACAGGGAAAACAGGAACAACAUGAACGCGGUCACCAUCCCACAUCCUUGUUACGUGUGUAUGAUAUCGUGAGUACUUGGCUGUGUCAAUGAUGAAUUAUUCAAAACAAAAUUAUCGAUCCGUGAUGUGCCAGGAGGCUUGAACUACUUGUGUGCGAAAUGGAGUGCAGAAACCUUUUAGAUUGAAGGAAUCCUUCUGGUAAUAGGGAAUAUCUUUCAACUAGCCUCGGUAUCGCGAAGCGAAAAGCCAGCAAGCAGUGCUGUGCCCGUUUUCGUAAGGACAUAGUGCGAUUGGAAAGUGUGGUUGCCAGUGGGUGUAGGCGCGGUUGUGCUCUUUGGUCCUGACAUCCUGUGAUAUAAUGACAACGCAGGAUUUAACUCAUCUUGAACAAACGGUUGCAAGCGCUGGUACCCAUCUGACCACAGUUCAAACCAAGUUGAGUGAAGUUGAAAAAAGCCUGGCUAACCCGGGCGAAGAGAUCGAUGAUGUGUGCGUUAUGGAACUGCUCGAAUCGAUGACGGAAGUGAAAAAUGAAUAUCAGAACCUGCGGAAGGACCUGAAGGAGGUGCAACAAUUGCAAAAGGAGAUGACCAACACUUUACGGUAUCAAAUGUCAACAAUGAAACAAACCUUUAACAUGCUUAAAAGGCGCAUUGAACUGAAAGCUCCUCAGAACUAGAGCUCCCAUUUUUUCUUCUCCGUUUUCUUUAUCCUUUGUAUAUUCGCAACGCCGGAUAUCCUUGAAUUGUUUGUGUUUGCUGUUUACUUUGUGGACUUUUUGAGUAUUCUAGUGUCGCUGUUGCUCAUCAUUUCAUGAUGUCGAUGCUAUAGUGUUCGUUGUGGCUUUCGUUUAACAUUGUUACUUUCUCGAUAGCGUACUAUUGUUUACAAGAUAACAUUCUAUACUUCUUCUGGUUGGUGUAGCGUUAUAUCGAUAUUUACAUUGUAUCCUUUUUUUUUAAUUGCAAAAACUACAAAGUGCUGAUAUGUUAGAGUUUACACAAUCAGCUUCCGAGACGGGGCGACCUAUACAUUUGAAAUUCUAAAAUGGCUUUCACAACGUAGAAAUUACCCUGGUUUUGCCUUAUCGAAUGCAAUGCAACGCUUUAGAGAAUCAAAAGUAUUUCAGGAGAUUCCAUGAAAUGAAAUAGAAUUUAUAAAUGUGAGAUUUCAAUAGAAAAGAUAAAUAUGAAACCCGAAUAUAAUCGGUUUUUAUUACUACAAUUCCAAUUUAUUUGUUGCAUGACCAUCGCAAUGAUUUGUUAGUUUUUUUUUAAUUUUCUUCGUUUUUUUUUAUUAAAUUUAGCUUUUGCUUUUGUUUCUGCUAACAUAUGAUAAAUAAAUGCAUUAAAAUUCAAAUUAACUUCGAAAAUAAACAACCAUAUGCAGC